AUGGCAGAUGAUAAUCCUAAUGGAGAGAGGAGGGUUGUGAUACCUGACCCCCUCCCUCUCAACUCACACUUCGCCCCCACGGCUUACACUACACCAUCAUGUGUACGAUUACUCGCAAUCACGGCUAACAACUAUGAGAUUAAGCCUGGGAAUGCCAAACAUUGGCUUACUACUUUGCCAGCUAAUUCUAUAACAUCUUGGGCGCAAAUGAGUGCGGCAUUCCUUAAGAAAUUCUUCCCCAUAGGAAAAACACUCAGACUUCGGCAGGAGAUUACCACUUUCCAACAAGCUGAGAAUGAACAGUUCUAUGAGGCUUGGGAGAGAUAUGGGGAUCUCAUUCGUAAGUGUCCGCACCAUGACACACCUAAGUGGCAAUUAGUACAGAGUUUUUAUUCCGGGCUACAUCCGCAGCAUCGUGUGAUGGUUGAUGCCUCAUGUGGAGGCUCUGUGAUGGUUAAGAAUGAAGAGGAUGCCUGGCAAUUAUUUGAAACUAUGAGCGAAGGGUCCUUGCAAAAUGUUUCUUUUGAGAGGAGAACUAAGUCAGUCAUUACUAGUUCUGAUAAGCCACGAGGUAUGUACGAGAUUAAACCAUCUCAUGACCUCCAGUCUAAAGUAGAUGCACUGACUGAGAAAGUUGAACAACUUCUCACCAAGGGAUCGGCCACCUCACAGCCUCCACCUUAUCAGGAGGCAUGUUCUUUAUGUGCUAGUCCGGCCCAUUAUAUUGUUGACUGUCCUGCAGCACCACAAUUCCCUUUGUUUGUGCAAGAACAGGUUAACGCUACACAAGGGUAUGCCAAUGCGCAGGGUUUCUCCAAACCGGGUAAUGAUCCUUUUUCCACUACUUAUAACCAGGGAUGGAGCAAACAUCCCAAUUUGUCAUGGAAGACGGAACACCAUGGUAAUAGUUUCGCCCAGCAACCUAGGCCAUUCAACACACAGUUUAACCCUGCGGUGCGCACCAACACACAGUCCAUCGCAAGGUUAGAGACCCAAGUGGGUCAAAUAGCCAAUGCACUCAAUCAUAGGGAAGAAGGUAGGUUGCCCGGUCAGCCUAUCCAACCCCCUAGAGGACAGUUUGUGAUUCAUGACCCGCCUCCUGCUGAUGCUAAGGUAAUCAUGACUUUGCGCAAUAAGAGAGAGGUUGAAACCCGACCAGAGAAAGCGGAACCAAAGGAACAUUUGGCUCCCUCCGACCCAGAUAACUUUGGGGAGGAGAAUUCACAAAGUAAAAAUGGAACCCUUCCAGUCACACCCUCACCAUCCACCUCCACUUCAAGAGGCUUUAAGGUACCACCCUAUGUGCCUAAAGCCCCAUUCCCACAAUGUCUCAAUGCCCCAUCUCCUUUCCCCAAGAAGGGUGCGGCUAUGGAGGAUAUUCUUGAGGUUUUUAAGCAAGUGAAAGUAAACAUUCCUCUCCUAGACGCGAUCAAACAAGUCCCCACUUAUGCUAAGUUUUUGAAGGACCUUUGUACUCAAAAGAGGAAAUGUAAAACCAAUGUAUCGAAAAAGGUCCUUCUCACCGAGCAAGUGAGCUCAGUGUUCCAAUCGAUUGCUCCUCCUAAGUUACAAGAUCCAGGCACCCCUACUAUUUCCAUAGGAAUAGGGAACCAUGUCAUUGAGCGAGCAUUGCUAGACUUAGGGGCUAGUGUUAAUUUGAUACCUUACUCGGUGUACGAACAAUUGGGGCUUGGGGAGUUGAAACCCACGUCAGUCACCCUUCAGUUAGCAGACCGAUCCAUUAAGGUGCCGUGUGGGGUAGUUGAGGACGUUCUUGUCAAGGUUAACGAUUUUUAUUUUCCAGCGGAUUUUAUAGUACUUGACACGGAACCGAUGCAAAUCCUCAAAAAGCAAACUCCCGUCAUUCUUGGUCGCCCCUUCUUAGCGACGGUCAAUGCUAAUAUUCACGUGAGGAGUGGGGAGAUGGAGGUGACCUUUGGGAAUAUGACCCUUAAGUUGAAUGUGUACAACACUGCAAAACACCACUCCAAUGAUGAGGUACAUCCACCUCUCACUGUUAAUGAUGUGUCUAAGGUGAGUGAGGUUGACUCCGAGGUUCCAAUUUUGUUUGAUGAUGUUCCACUUAUGACUAGCCCUCCUUCAAAAAAUGAUUUAAAGUUGCCACCUCAUUUGCUUUCUAUCACACCAUUAGGUCCGUGUAGUGCGCACUCACCGGAAUUAGCAUGGAGACCUCCUUUGGUCUCGGCAGCGUGUUCACAUGCAAAGUUGGAUUGUAAUGCUCUGUUGAAGGAUGGUUUUUGGAGUGCUUGA